AGGGUGGCAGGAGCAGAAGGGACGCUUCACCAUGGAAUAUGAAGUCAAGAAAGGGAAGAAGGGCUUUGUGUCACCCAUCCGAAGGCUGGUGUUCCCCAAGGCCGCUCGCCGGGCAGCCUUUAGAAGCAGUGUGAGCCGCCGGCCCCUGCACUCAAUGCCCCUGUAUCCCCCUGACUACCUCAUCGACCCCCAGAUUCUGCUGUGUGACUACCUGGAGAAGGAGGUCAAGUUCUUGGGCCACCUCACCUGGGUGACUUCCUCACUGAACCCCUCCAGUCGGGACGAGCUCCUGCAGCUGCUGGACACGGCCAGGCAGCUGAAGGAGCUGCCUCUGAAGACCACGGCGGAGCAGGACAGCAUCCUGAGCCUGUCUGCCCGCUGUCUGCUGCUCACCUGGCGGGACAACGAGGAGCUCAUCCUGCGUAUCCCCACGCACGAAAUCGCCGCGGCCUCCUACCUGCAGGACGACGCGCUGCACCUGCUAGUGCUUAAGACCGGUCUAGGCGUGGACCCGGUGCCGGCCGGCGUGGACGCCAGCCCUGGGGGCGCGGGGCGAGACCCGGGCCCGCCGGGCGCGACGCCCGAGAAGCGGCGGGUGGGCACCACGGAGCGGCGCCACACCAUCUGCAGCCUGGACUGGCGCAUGGCGUGGGGCGGCGGCGCCGAGGCCCGGGCCGCGGGCGGAGGCGGCGGCGGCAGCCUGGAGCGCCAGCGCGCGGGGGCGCGGGCGUCGGGCAGCUGGGAGCGCCGGCAGACGUUCAGCGGCAGCUGGGAGCGGCGGCACGGCGGCGGCGGCGGCGGCGGCGGCGCGGGCAAGCCGGGCGGCAGCUGGGAGCGGAGGCAGGCUGGCGGCGGCGGCGGCGGCAGCUGGGAGCGGCGCCACCCGGGCCCCAACCCGCUGGACCCGCAGGACCCCAGCCCGGAUGCCUACUGCAACCUGGUCAUCCUAGCUGUGGCCAACAGGGAUGCUGCUGAGGAGUCUUGCGCACUGAUCUGCCAGGUCUUCCAGAUCAUCUAUGGGGACCAGAGCAUUGAGUGUGUGGACCGGGCUGGCUACCACUACACGUCUACGCCCGAACGGCCGUGGCUCUGCAGCCGCAGUGAGAGCUGCCGCACGGACGGGACUUACGCCUAUGAUGCUGACUUCAGCUGCUGCAGCUCCUUCAAUGGCUCCCAGGACACUUUUGAAGCAUGUUACAGCGGCACGUCCACGCCCUCUUUCCAUGGCUCCCACUGCAGUGGCAGUGACCACAGUGGCCUGGGCUUCGAGCAGUUACAGGAUUACAUGGUCACGCUGCGGAGUAAACUGGGGCCCCCCGAGAUCCAGCAGUUUGCGGUGCUGCUGCGAGAGUACCGGCUGGGGCUGCCCAUCCAGGACUACUGCGCGGGCCUGCUGAAGCUCUACGGGGACCGGCGCAAGUUCCUCCUCCUCGGGAUGCGGCCCUUCAUCCCGGACCAGGACAUCGGCUACUUCGAGGGCUUCCUGGAGGGCGUGGGCAUCCGCGAGGGAGGCAUCCUCACCGACAGCUUCGGCCGCAUCAAGCGCAGCAUGAGCUCCACGUCGGCGUCGGCCGUGCGCAGCUACGACGGCGCGGCCCAGCGGCCCGAGGCGCAGGCCUUCCACCAGCUGCUGGCAGACAUCACGCACGACAUUGAGGCGCUGGCCCCCGACGACGACGAUGACGACAACGACAACGAGGGCGACGACGAUGACGAGUCCCAGGGCUCCCGGGGAGGGGGUGACGCUGCUGAAGAAAACUACCUGUAGCCGCCGUCCAUGCGGAGGGCGUGGAAGGGGGUGGCCCGGUGCUCACUCCCUCUUAUCUGUGGGACCCCCAUCCGCAGGGCCCUCUCCUUAUGUCCUGGCCAGGGUCUUCACUCCCCACGUUGCUGUCCCUGCCUUCCGGCCCUGGUCCAUGCAGUACCGAGGAUGUCCUGCAGGGGGCGGGCGAAGCCGGACCCUCGAGUCUGGGGCGGUCGCCCGGGGGCUCAGCAGGGCCCUCUGCCAGCCCAGAGUUGGGCAGCGUCCCACUGUGUCCCACUAGCCCAGAGGGCUCGGCCCCAGGACCCACCCUCCUCCCCAAGGCGCCCUCCUCAGCUUUCCGGAAGGGAUGAAGGGUGGGCUCCACCUGCUGGCCGACUGAGAAAAGAAUUUCCAGAACCCGGAAGCUUCUGUUGAUCCUAUUUUACAGAACGGGAAACUGAGGUUCAAAAAGAGGGAAGAGACUUGACGGGAUCUCUUGAUUCUCCUUAUAUUGCCUUAAAUAGACCAUACAAAACAGUGCAGAAGGUCUCUUUAAGGCUCUAACUGGCAGCGUGUCCCCUCCCCUGAUAGCAGGAGUUGCCUCCUCAGUGCGGAGGGGAGAUUUAGUCCCCUGAAGUUUGACUCAGGUGGGUGAUCUGGGUCUCACUCGGAGUCCUAAGACCCUAAACAACUUGCUUGUUCAGGUCUUGGAUCUGGAGCCCGAUUUGGAUUUUGGAUCUUGGAUUUGGAGCCAGACAGAUCCAGGGCUCUUAUCUGGUUAGUGUCCUACCGUCCCAUUUCCUCAUCGGCCCAGUGGGGUCAGCCCCAUCUACCUCCCAGGGUGGUCGUGGGGAGUAAUGAAAGCCAAGAGCUUAGUUCGGGGUUUAGCACAUGAUAGGUGCUCAAUAAAUGACAUUCCUUGCCGCGUUGAACA